AUGCCUUCUAAAUUUACAUCCACUCUUCUAGCUGUUCUCUUCAGCGCUGUCUCUAUUUCCGGUCACGGUCAUGUUUCCACCGUAACGAUUGGCAGCAAAUCAUAUACUGGAUUCGAACCGACAUGGGCGCCCUAUGGACCUCAGCCAGACAGCAUUACUUGGAGCAAUGGUGCUUCUGAUAAUGGAUUUGUGCUCUCUUCUGCCUUUCAGAACUCUGAUAUCAUCUGCCACCUUAGCGCCACCAAUGCUGCUCUGUCUGCCCCUGUCACUGCAGGUAGCAACGUAUUAGUUCAAUGGAAUCAAUGGCCCGAAUCCCACAAAGGACCUAUCAUUGACUACCUUGCGGAUUGUGGGGGGAACUGCUCUUCGGUUGAUAAAACGAAGCUUAAAUGGUUCAAGAUUGAUGAGAAGGGACAGCUGGAAUUAGGUGUUGGUAAUGGAAAGACUGGAAAGUGGGCGACUGAUAUGAUGAUGGAGAAGAACUUGACUUGGAAUAUUGCUAUUCCAUCUUCUAUUAAGUCUGGAAACUACGUCCUACGCCACGAACUUAUCGCUCUACACGGUGGCGGCACCGAGGGCCAAACACAGAUGUACCCUCAAUGCAUAAACCUUGAGAUUUCUGGAACUGGAACUAAAUCUCCAAAUGGGGUUGUUGGAACGAAACUUUAUACCUCAACUGACCCAGGGAUUCUAUAUAACAUCUACAAUGAUGAAAAGCUGUCGUCGAUAUCGAAUUACAAGAUCCCUGGGCCUGCUAUAGCAGCUUGAUCCAUAGUCGGAUCUAAUUAUUUAACCCAACUCUGUUACCAUUAUUUUAUCUCUCUGCACAUGGUAACCUCCUCGGACUCGCCGGAUUGACGUUCAAUCAUACGAGUUCAAACCUGAGAAAUUUCGU